AUGGAUGAUGCCGUUCGUCCAAGCAAAAAAAAAUUCGAUCGUAUCCUUUCCGAAAGCUAUGAUGAAUGGUCGUCCCACCUGACAAAUGCUCAUAAAAACCCUCGUCUCCCACCUUUUUCCAUCGAUCUCAAAUCGCUUCUCGAGAGAACGCCGUCUUUCCUUGGAUAUGGAUUGGUUUCUAAAGACACUGAACUGCCCUUUACUUGUGUAGAAAGGGAAUCGAGCAGGGGACAGUUUGGUCUCCUAAUUUCUGGACAAUCGACCUGGACUACUUCACAUGGGCAAUGUUGCCUCGAACCGAAAACAAUGUCUUUGGAUAUUCUGCUGGCCGUUCCCAACCCAUUGACAGUGGAGAUAUCAAAUUCUGCCCCCCUGCAAGAAUGGCCUGGUGUUGAUGGCAUCUCAAACCAUGACGAGGGAAAUUAUAUUAGUAUUUUGUUCCUUGCGUGGGCUUAUAUCCUUUCUGCGCGAUGGGCAGAAUCACUAAAGCACGCUUCGGGACACCAAUGCAGUAGCAACUUCAUGCACAAGGCCAGUAUUGCAACAGGUUCCAGACACCAUGAUACAAUCGAAAUUGAUAUAGGACACGAUGUUGAAGCUGCUGAAGCAGCUUGGUGGGGGGCUAUAUUGCGCUCUGGCGGCGGCUGGGAAAUAACUACAGAUUACAAAAAAAAAACAUACUGCUCACCUUGGUCUGUUAUUCUCUCCGAUAAAGCCAACAUGGGGAUAGCAGGAGGUUAUCCAAUCUCUAAAGAAGGACCACCGUCAUCUGGUGCUGCUUUGGAAUAUCUAGCCAGGUUUUGCUCUCGUCACCGACUCUAUGGGCAGUGUUCCGUGGCCCUAGUUGCUGCGCUUUACAUUCCAUUGCUCAGUGGAGAUUCCAUUUCGCUUCCUGUCCCGAAACCAGCCUUGCACUAUGGACCGUCGUCUCUGUCACAAAAAUCAUCAAGUCUAGUGAAGGAAUACUCGGAAUUUCUUUCCCGUUAUAUGAUGCUGAGUUGUAAUGUGUGGGGCAUGCGUUCUUUACUUUCUAGUACCUUCUUCAACGGAGAGGUUGAAUGCAACCUUGUCAGCGCCUGGCUCAAUCCUAUCUUUGCAAUAACAAACCCUUUGGUCCAGGGCGAGAAGGCUCUUACGCUCGCCAAAGUCCUUGGAUAUCGACAGCCCAGAUUAGCUAGCCUUUGGCUCGGUGCGAAUGUGGUGGGACUAGCAAACCCUACAAUACGAAAUAUCCGGAUCGGGCUUACAGCCACGGAAUUCAAUGCAGCGGCUUGGACAGGAACGCACCAAUCUUUCAUAACUGUGGAACCUGGUAUUAAUGACGGUCAAAUGAUCCGCAGGGAAGACGAGUGUCGUUUGCUAUUUAUCACAGCCUGUGAUGGAUAUACUAGACCCCCCAUUCAUCCGUGGAAACCGUUUGGAGAAACUCGGCUUCUUGAUACUGAACUUGCAGUACAGCAACAUGCCGCUUGCCGCUGUCACUGUUUGAAGUACAAAACCUGGAACUGGACUCUAGCAAAUGGAGAGACGCUCGAAGACUCCGGCAUAUCUCUGAUGGAAUUUGGUGGAGAAUUCCUAGCACAGAGACAUAAGGAAAACUACUACCCGAUACAAAAUGGCUCAAACUUGUUUUCCCAGGUAGCUUCGGAGGCUGCAACUCGCGGAAUUUUUGGUUGGCUUAGAUCCACAGGGUACCCAGCAAAUGAAAAACCUUUAUAUCGGCAUUCCUGGAUCGACAUUGAAAGCUCCGACGAGGACGAUGUUGAUAUCAAUUCAGAUAGCGGUCAAGAGAAUGGUUGUCAAUCGUUUGUCAGUCAAUGGCUUAGCCAUGUGAAUUAA